AUUUUAAUCUUCUGGGAUUUAGCCCUGUAAUUACAAAUCUUGGAUCCGCCACUACUUGUUUAUCUUGUUACAAAGUCACUUACAGGCUUUACAUGUGUUAGCUUCACUACAGUAAAUCAUAUCAUUUCUUUGCGUUAUUUUUACUCAACUAUUUUGGCUCUUCAGAUCCUGUAAAAAUGUUAUAUGUUGCAGAGGAAUGUUGUUAACUUAAUUUAAUAAUGGGUGGGAGUGCUGUUGAUGAUUACUGUGUGAUUCCUUCUUAUACCUUUGCACCGCGAACUCUGGUUCUAGUAGGAUGUACGGGGAAUGGAAAAAGUGCCACCGGCAAUACUAUUUUGCAAAGAAAGGUAUUUCAUUCUAAGACCCAAUCUUCUGGGGUCACACAAACUUGUGAGCUGCAUUCUGCUGUCCUUAAAGACGGACAGAUCCUUAAUGUUAUCGACACUCCAGGUUUAUUUGAUUGCUCUGUUAGAACAGAAAUCACUGGCAAAGAAAUUGCCAAGUGUAUCAACAUGGCCAAGGAUGGUAUCCAUGCUGUUCUUGUUGUUCUUUCAGUCAAGACUCGUUUCUCAGAAGGGGAAGAACAAGUCAUCAAUAGCCUGAAAAUAUUAUUUGGAAACAAAUUGACAGAUUACAUGAUUAUUGUUUUCACUGGCGGUGAUGACCUCGACUAUGAUGAGAAAACAUUGGAAGACUAUCUAGGUCAGAAUUGUCCCAAACCACUACAGAAACUUCUUCAUCAAUGUGAAGAUCGAAGGGUUGUCUUUGAUAACAGAACACGUGACCAGAACAAGAAAGAUGAGCAGCUUCAAGAGUUGUUGUCUCUUGUGAAUCUUGUCGUAGUGAAGAAUGGUGGAAAACCAUUUAAAGAUGAGCUAUUCGUCGAAUGGAAGCAGAAUGAAGCUCCAAAGGGUAAAGAUCAGACAGAUGAAGGAACCAAACAGGAGAAUGAGGAGAAAAUAAUUAUGCGAUUAACAGAAAUGAUUGAGUUAAAGUUUAAAGAGAAUAUCAGUAGGCUUGAGCAGCAGCUGGUCGAAGAGAGGUCAAGGUUUGAGCAGCAGAUGGUCGAAGAGAGGUCAAGGCUUGAGCAGCAGCUGGCGGAAGAGAAGGCUGCUAGACAAAGUACAGAGAAGAUGAUGCAGAUUGCUGAAGAGAAGUCAAACGAUAAAAUUCAUAAAAUGAAAGGGAAUUUGGAGAACGUAGAGCGGCAGCUAAGGGAGGCUGCUGGAAGGAUUAACUGUGUUAUUCAGUGAUGAGAUGCAGUUUAACUACUGAUACUUUUGCUACUUUGCAACUUUUAUCUGUACUUUUGGAGUUUUGGCAUGUCAAAUUGCUAUGGAUUGUGUAUUUGUGUGGAUGGUUAAACUAUUUAGAUCUUAUAAGUUGUAUCACUAAGUUUUAUGAAAGCAGAAAUAUAAAUCUGCUUAAUGUUUUUGGACGA